AUGACUUCGAUCUCUCUCCUAAAGGAUGGUCUGGAUACCUUCUCAGCAUGGAGUAGAUUGCAGCCCAACAAUAACAAAAGCCAGAUCUUUAUUGUUGGAGGAUCGAAUGAAUUGCGGAGUGAGAUUAUUCUUGCCUUUGGUUUCACUAAAGGGAAGUUGCUGGUGCGGUACUUAGGUGUUCCUAUUAUAUCCUCUAGGCUUGGCAAGGCUGAUUGUGUGUCCCUAAUUGAUCGGAUAACGGCUAGGGUCCAAUCCUGGACUCAACGCUUUCUCUCCUUUGCUGGCCGGCUUCAGUUGAUAAAGUCAGUACUUCAUGCGAUCCAAGCUUAUUUGGACCGCAUUAAGCAGAUCCCCAGACAGUAUCUUUGUAAGGGUUCGAGACUUGGGAAGGGUCGAGCGAAAGUUUCGUGGGAAGAUGUGUGCCUUCCAAAGAAUGAAGGUGGGCUUGGAAUUUGUAGGUUGAGGGAUUGUAACAAAGCGGUGAUGCUUAAGCACGUUUGGAUCCUCUUUACAAAUAAGGAAUCCUUAUGGUACAAAUGGACUCAUUCCACCUUCCUAAAAAGAAAGAGUUUCUGGGUGGUUAAGGAGCCUACUUUCUGCUCUUGGGCUUGGAAGAGAAUCCUCUAUCUCAGGAUAGAGUUCAGAUUAUCCUUCCGCUGGAGAGUUGGGGAUGGCCAGUCAGUCUCCUUCUGGUUUGAUCACUGGCACCUGAGAGGUCCGCUAGAUCUUAUUUUCUCGGACUCAAUGAUAUAUAGCUGUAGUUUAUCCAUGCAGGCUAUGGUUGUUGAUCUUUUUCACUAUCGAGAAGUCCUUGAGGAUAAUGUUAGAUUCUUGGAAUUACCCUAUUCCUAUCCUCUCCCAGAAAGAACUGAAUAUGAGGCAGAGAAGAUGUUAUAUCUUCUAAAGGAUUAUGACUUAUCCAUCAAUUACCAUUGUGGUAAAGCUAAUGUGGUAGCUGAUGCCUUGAGUCGCAAAUCCUCUGGAAAUAUGGUAGCAUUGCUCACUUCUCAAAAGCCUAUUCUUGAGGAUAUGAGAAAGCUAGACCUGGAGGUUUUGGUCCAUCAGCUUGAUGCUCGAUUAGCUAAUCUUUAA